GGGAGCAGAACCGGCUGACGGGGCAGGACGUCCAGACGUCCCGCGGGCCGCCCCGAAGCUCAUGGCCGAGCCCGCGUGGGGCACGGGGGGCGCCUUCCCCUUGCAGAGGGAGGUGGCACUGCAGCGGCUGUGCUGGCUGGAUGGGCCCUGCGAGCAGGCCCGCAGGCAGUACCUCCACCUGCUGCUGUGCUGUGCAGAUGAGAGGGACCGGGUCCAGAAGAAGACCUUCACCAAGUGGGUCAACAAACACCUCAUCAAGGCCCAGAGGCACAUCACUGACCUGUACGAGGACCUCCGUGAUGGCCACAACCUCAUCUCCCUGCUGGAGGUGCUGUCAGGAGACAGCCUGCCUCGGGAGAAGGGGAGGAUGCGCUUCCACAAGCUGCAGAAUGUCCAGAUCGCCCUGGACUACCUCCGACAUCGCCAGGUAAAGCUGGUGAACAUACGCAAUGAUGACAUCGCCGACGGCAACCCCAAGCUAACGCUGGGCCUCAUCUGGACCAUCAUCCUGCACUUCCAGAUCUCGGACAUCCAGGUGAGUGGGCAGUCGGAGGACAUGUCGGCCAAGGAGAAGCUGCUGCUGUGGUCACAGCGCAUGGUGGAGGGCUACCAGGGCCUGCGCUGCGACAACUUCACCUCUAGCUGGCGCGACGGCCGGCUCUUCAAUGCCAUCAUUCACCGGCACAGGCCCAUGCUCAUCGACAUGAACAAGGUGUUCCAGCAGUCCAACCUGGAGAACCUGGACCAGGCCUUCUCCGUGGCCGAGCGGGAUCUGGGGGUGACUCGGCUUCUGGACCCCGAGGAUGUGGACGUCGCACAGCCCGAUGAGAAGUCCAUCAUCACCUACGUCUCAUCCCUGUAUGACGCCAUGCCCCGUGUGCCCGACGUGCAGGACGGGGUGAAGGCCAACGAGCUGCAGCUGCGCUGGCAGGAGUACCGGGAGCUGGUGUUGCUGCUGCUGCAGUGGGUCCGGCACCACACGGCCGCCUUUGAGGAGCGCAAGUUCCCCUCCAGCUUCGAGGAGAUCGAGAUCCUGUGGUGCCAAUUCCUGAAGUUCAAGGAGAAGGAACUUCCCGCCAAAGAGGCGGACAAGAACCGGUCCAAGGCCAUCUACCAGUCCCUGGAGGGUGCAAUACAAGCAGGCCAGCUCAAGGUGCCGCCCGGCUACCAUCCGCUGGACGUGGAGAAGGAGUGGGGCAGGCUACACGUGGCCAUCCUGGAGCGGGAGAAGCAGCUCCGCAGCGAGUUUGAGAGGCUGGAGCGGCUUCAGCGGGUCGUGAGCAAGCUGCAGAUGGAGGCGGGUCUGUGCGAGGAGCAGCUGAACCAGGCAGACGCCCUGCUGCAGUCGGACGUCCGGCUGCUGGCCUCGGGCAAGGCGCCACAGCGGGCGGGGGAGGUAGAGCGGGACCUGGACAAGGCGGACACCAUGAUCCGGGUGCUCUUCAAUGACGUGCAGACGCUCAAGGACGGGCGGCACCCUCAGGGCGAGCAGAUGUACCGCAGGGUGUACCGCUUGCACGAACGCCUGGUAGCCAUCCGCACCGAGUUCACCCUGCGGCUAAAGGCCGGCGUGGCCACCCCCGUGACCCAGACGGCCCUGCUGGGCACGCAGAGGCGUCCCGAGCUGGAGGACUCCACCCUGCGCUACCUGCAGGACCUGCUGGCCUGGGUGCAGGAGAACCAGCGGCGGCUGGAUGGCGCCGAGUGGGGGGUGGACCUGCCCAGUGUGGAGGCUCAGCUGGGCAGCCACCGAGGCCUACACCAGUCCAUUGAGGAAUUCCGGUCCAAGAUCGAGAGGGCGCGCAGCGAUGAGGGCCAGCUGUCGCCGGCUGCCCGGGGCGCCUACCGGGAUUGCCUGGGCCGGCUGGACUUGCAGUACGCCAAACUGCUGAACUCCUCCAAGGCCCGCCUGCGGUCACUGGAGAGCCUGCAUGGGUUUGUGGCGGCCACAACCAAGGAGCUCCUGUGGCUGAGCGAGAAGGAGGAGGAGGAGGUGGGCUUCGACUGGAGUGAGCGUAACACCAACAUGGCCGCCAAGAAAGAGAGCUACUCGGCCCUGAUGCGAGAGCUGGAGCUGAAGGAGAAGAAAGUCAAGGAGAUCCAGAACAUGGGGGAUCGGCUGCUGCGGGAGGAGCACGCUGCCAGGCCCACGGUGGAGUCCUUCCAGGCAGCGCUGCAGACACAGUGGAGUUGGAUGCUUCAGUUGUGCUGCUGCGUGGAGGCCCACCUGAAGGAGAACACCGCCUACUUCCAGUUCUUCUCGGAUGUGCGGGCCGCCGAAGAGCAGCUGCAGAAGCUGCAGGACACGAUGCGCAGGAAGUACAGCUGCGACCGCUCCAUCACCAUCACACGGCUGGAGGACCUGCUGCAGGAUGCCCAGGACGAGAAGGAGCAACUGAGCGAGUACAAGGGGCACCUCGCAGGCCUGGCGAAGCGGGCCAAGGCCAUUGUGCAGCUGAGACCCCGCGACCCGGCACACGCUGUGCGGGGCCACGUGCCCCUGCUGGCCGUGUGCGACUACAAGCAGGUGGAGGUGACCGUGCACAAGGGAGACACGUGCCAGCUGCUGGGGCCCGCGCAGCCGUCCCACUGGAAGGUCCUGAGCAGCACGGGCAGCGAGGCCGCCGUGCCGGCCGUGUGCUUCCUCGUGCCGCCACCCAACCCAGAGGCCCUGGAGGCUGUGGCCAGGCUCGAGGCCCAGCACCAGGCCCUGGUCACACUAUGGCACCAGCUGCACGUGGAUAUGAAGAGCCUCCUGGCCUGGCAGAGCCUCAGCCGGGAUGUGCAGCUCAUCCGCUCCUGGUCGCUGGUCACGUUCCGCACGCUGAAGCCGGAGGAGCAGCGCCAAGCCCUUCGCAGCCUGGAGCUGCACUACCAGGCCUUCCUGCGGGACAGCCAGGAUGCCGGGGGCUUCGGGCCUGAGGACCGGCUGGCAGCCGAGCGCGACUACAGCUCCUGCAGCCACCACUACCAGGAGCUACUGCAGAGUGCCGAGCAGGGGGAGCAGGAGGAGUCGCGCUGUCAGCGCUGUAUCUCAGAGCUCAAAGACGUGCGGCUGCAGCUGGAGGCCUGUGAGGCCCGCACCGUGCAUCGUCUGCGCUUGCCGCUGGACAAGGAACCGGCACGGGAGUGUGCCCAGCGCAUCGCCGAGCAGCAGAAGGCACAGGCUGAGCUGGAGGGGCUGGGCAAGGGUGUCAGCCGGCUGUCUGCCGAAGCAGAGACGAUCCUGGCGCUGCCUGAGCCCUCACCGGCAGCCCCGACCCUGCGCUCGGAGCUGGAGCUGACGCUGGGCAAGCUGGAGCAGGUCCGCAGCCUGUCAGCCAUCUACCUAGAAAAGCUCAAGACCAUCAGCCUGGUGAUCCGCAGUACCCAGGGUGCCGAGGAGGUGCUCCGGGCCCACGAGGGGCAGCUCAAGGAGGUGCAGGCUGUGCCAGCCACCCUCCCGGAGCUUGAGGCCACUAAGGCCUCGCUGAAGAAGCUGCGGGCCCAGGCGGAGGCGCAGCAGCCAAUGUUUGACGCCCUGAGGGACGAGCUGCGGGGGGCACAGGAAGUGGGCGAGCGGCUGCAGCAGAGGCAUGGGGAGCGGGACGUGGAGGUGGAGCGCUGGCGUGAGCGGGUGUCACAGCUGCUGGAGCGCUGGCAGGCCGUGCUGGCCCAGACGGACCUGCGGCAGCGGGAGCUGGAACAGCUGGGCCGCCAGCUGCGCUACUACCGCGAAAGCGCCGACCCGCUGGCGGCCUGGCUGCAGGACGCCCGGCAGCGGCAGGAGCAGGCCCAGGCCUUGACGCUCGCCAACAGCCGUGAUGUGCGGGAACAGCUGCUGGAGGAGAAGGCCCUGCUGGAGGAGAUUGAGCGCCACGGUGAGAAGGUCGAGGAGUGCCAGAGGUUUGCCAAGCAGUACAUCAAUGCCAUCAAGGACUACGAACUCCAGCUUGUCACUUACAAGGCCCAGCUGGAGCCAGUGGUGUCUCCUGCCAAGAAGCCCAAGGUCCAGUCUGGGGCGGAGAGCGUGAUCCAGGAGUAUGUGGACCUGCGCACGCGCUACAGCGAGCUGACCACACUCACCAGCCAGUACAUCAAGUUCAUCAGUGAGACCCUCCGGCGCAUGGAAGAGGAGGAGAGGCUGGCGGAGCAGCAGCGCGCGGAGGAGCGGGAGCGGCUGGCGGAGGUGGAGGCUGCGCUGGAGAAGCAGCGGCAGCUGGCCGAGGCGCACGCUCAGGCCAAGGCGCAGGCCGAGCAGGAGGCGCAGGAGCUGCAGCGACGCAUGCAAGAAGAGGUGGCGCGGCGGCAGGAGGCGGCCGUGGACGCGCAGCAGCAGAAGCGCAGCAUCCAGGAGGAGCUGCAGCAGCUGCGGCAGAGCUCAGAGGCCGAGAUCCAGGCCAAGGUCCAGCAGGCGGAAGCGGCCGAGCGCAGCCGCGUGCGCAUCGAGGAGGAGAUCCGCGUGGUGCGCCUGCAGCUGGAGACCACGGAGCGCCAGCGCAGCGGGGCUGAGGGGGAGCUGCAGGCGCUGCGCGCCCGUGCCGAGGAGGCUGAGGCGCAGAGGCGGCAGGCGCAGGAGGAGGCGGAGCGCUUGCGCCGGCAGGUGCAGGAGGAGAGCCAGCGCAAGCGGAAGGCUGAGGCGGAAUUGGCGCUGCGUGUGCAGGCUGAGGCCGAGGCCGCUCGGGAGAAGCAGCGGGCUCUGCAGGCGCUGGAGGAAGUGCGGCUGCAGGCGGAGGAGGCCGAGAGGCAGCUGCGGCAGGCGGAAGCCGAGCGGGCCCGGCAGGUGCAGGUGGCCCUGGAGUCAGCCCAGCGCAGCGCUGAGGCGGAGCUGCAGAGCAAGCGUGCGUCCUUCGCGGAGAAGACGGCCCAGCUGGAGCGCACGCUGCAGGAGGAGCACGUGGCCGUGGCGCAACUGCGGGAGGAGGCAGAGCGGCGGGCGCAGCAGCAGGCCGAGGCCGAGCGCGCCCGCGAGGAGGCCGAGCGCGAGCUGGAGCGCUGGCGGCUGAAGGCCAACGAGGCGCUGCGCCUACGGCUGCAAGCAGAGGAGGUAGCACAGCACAAGAGCCUGGCGCAGGCCGAGGCCGAGAAGCAGAAGGAGGAGGCGGAGCGAGAGGCGCGGCGGCGCGGCAAGGCUGAGGAGCAGGCGGUGCGGCAGCGGGAACUGGCUGAGCAGGAGCUGGAGAAGCAGAGGCAGCUGGCCGAGGGCACGGCCCAGCAGCGCCUGGCCGCCGAGCAGGAGCUGAUCCGGCUGCGGGCCGAGACCGAGCAGGGCGAGCAGCAGCGGCAGGUGCUGGAGGAAGAGCUGGCCCGAUUGCAGCGGGAAGCGGCCGCCGCCGCCCACAAGCGCCAGGAGCUGGAGGCGGAGCUGGCCAAGGUGCGGGCCGAGAUGGAGGUGCUGCUGGCCAGCAAGGCGCGGGCCGAGGAGGAGUCGCGAUCCAGCAGCGAGCGCUCCAAGCAGCGGCUGGAGGCUGAGGCCGGGCGCUUCCGCGAGCUGGCCGAGGAGGCGGCGCGCCUGCGGGCCCUGGCCGAGGAGGCCAAGCGGCAGCGGCAGCUGGCCGAGGAGGACGCGGCGCGGCAGCGGGCCGAGGCCGAGCGCGUGCUGGCCGAGAAGCUGGCGGCCAUCGGGGAGGCCACGCGGCUCAAGACGGAGGCGGAGAUCACGCUGAAGGAGAAGGAGGCGGAGAACGAGCGGCUGCGCCGGCUGGCCGAGGACGAGGCCUUCCAGCGGCGCCGGCUGGAGGAGCAAGCGGCGCAGCACAAGGCGGACAUCGAGGAGCGCCUGGCGCAGCUGCGCAAGGCCUCGGAGAGCGAGCUGGAGCGGCAGAAGGGGCUGGUGGAGGACACGUUGCGCCAGCGGCGGCAGGUGGAGGAGGAGAUCCUGGCGCUGAAGGCGAGCUUCGAGAAGGCGGCCGCGGGCAAGGCGGAGCUGGAGCUGGAGCUGGGGCGGCUGCGGGGUGAUGCUGAGGACACCCAGCGCAGCCGGGAGCAGGCGGAGCGCGAGGCCGCCCGGCAGCGGCAGCUGGCAGCAGAGGAGGAGCAGCGGCGCCGCGAGGCCGAGGAGCGGGUGCAGAAGAGCCUGGCGGCCGAGGAGGAGGCUGGCCGGCAGCGCAAGGCCGCGCUGGAAGAGGUGGAGCGGCUCAAGGCCAAGGUGGAGGAGGCCUGGCGGCUGAGGGAACGCGCCGAGCAGGAGUCGGCGCGGCAGCUGCAGCUGGCCCAGGAGGCCGCCCAGAAGCGCCUGCAGGCCGAGGAAAAGGCGCACGCCUUCGCGGUGCAGCAGCGGCAGCAGGAGCAGAGCAUGCUGGAGCGGCUGCGGGCAGAGGCAGAGGCCGCCCGGCGAGCCGCGGAGGAGGCGGAGGCGGCGCGCGAGCAGGCGGAGCGCGAGGCUGCGCGCUCUCGGCAGCAGGUGGAGGAGGCAGAGCGCCUGAAGCAGACGGCGGAGGAGCAGGCGCGUGCCCAGGCGGAGGCGCAGGCCGCAGCCGAGCAGCUGCGCAAGGACGCGGAGCAGGAGGCGGCGAGGCGCGCGCAGGCCGAGCAGGCGGCCCUGCGGCAAAAGCAGGCGGCCGACGCCGAGAUGGAGAGGCACAAGCGCUUCGCGGAGCAGACGCUGCGGCAGAAGGCGCAGGUGGAGCAGGAGCUGACGGCGCUGCGGCUGCAGCUGGAAGAGACGGACCACCAGAGGGGCAUCCUGGACGAGGAACUGCAGCGGCUGAAGGCCGAGGUGACGGAGGCCGCCCGCCAGCGCAGCCAGGUGGAGGAGGAGCUGUUCUCAGUGCGCGUGCAGAUGGAGGAGCUGGGCAAGCUCAAGGCCCGCAUCGAGGCCGAGAACAGGGCCCUGGUGCUGCGCGACAAGGACAACACCCAGAGGCUCCUGGAGGAGGAGGCUGAGAAGAUGCGGCAGGUUGCUGAGGAGGCCGCGCGGCUGAGCGUGGCGGCGCAGGAGGCGGCGCGCCUGCGGCAGCUGGCCGAGGAGGACCUGGCACAGCAGCGGGCACUGGCCGAGAAGGCCCUCAAGGAGAAGAUGCAGGCGGUGCAGGAGGCCACGCGGCUGAAGGCCGAGGCCGAGCUGCUGCAGCGGCAGAAGGACCUGGCACAGGAGCAGGCCCGGCGGCUGCAGGAAGACAAGGAGCAGAUGGCGCAGCAGCUGGCCCAGGAGACCCAGGGCUUCCAGCGCACGCUGGAGGCUGAGCGGCAGCGGCAGCUGGAGAUGAGUGCCGAGGCCGAGCGCCUCAAGCUGCGCGUGGCCGAGAUGAGCCAGGCUCAGGCCCGCGCCGAGGAGGAUGCGCAGCGCUUCCGCAAGCAGGCCGAGGACAUCGGCGAGAAGCUGCACCGCAGUGAGCUCGCGUCACAGGAGAAGGUCACGCUGGUGCAGACGCUGGAGCUGCAGCAGCAGCAGAGCGACCGCGACGCCGAGCGCCUGCGUGAGGCCAUUGCCGAGCUGGAGCGUGAGAAGGAGAAGCUGAAGCAGGAGGCGCAGCUGCUGCAGCUCAAGUCCCAGGAGAUGCAGACGGCGCAGCAGGAGCAGAGGCUGCAGGAGGCACAGGCCCUGCAGCAGAGCUUCCUGUCGGAGAAGGACAGCCUGCUGCAGCGGGAACGCCUGGUGGAGGAGGAGAGGGCCAAGCUGGAGAAGCUGUUCCAGGACGAGGUGGCCAAGGCGCAGCAGCUGCGCGAGGAGCAGCAGCGGGAGCAGCAGCGCAUGGAGCAGGAGCGGCGGCAGCUGGUGGCCAGCAUGGAGGAGGCCCGGCGGCAGCAGCGCGAGGCGGAAGAGGGCGUGCGGCGCAAGCAGGAGGAGCUGCAGCGCCUGGAGCAGCAGCGGCAGCAGCAGGAGCAACUGCUGGCUGAGGAGAACCAGCGGCUGCGCGAGCGGCUGAAGCGCCUGGAGGAGGAGCACCGGGCUGCCCUGGCACACUCAGAGGAGGUCGCAGCCUCCCAGGCAGCCGGCACCACCAAAGCCUUGCCCAAUGGGCGGGAUGCUCCCGAUGGGCCAGCUGCAGACACGGAGCCCGAGCACGCCUUCCAGGGCCUGCGGCGCCCCGUGCCGGCCCAGCAGCUGCAGCAGGCGGGCAUCCUGAGCGCGGAGGAGCUGCAGCGGCUGGCCCAGGGCCGCACCACGGUGGCUGAGCUGGCGCGCCGCGAGAAUGUGCAUCGCUACCUGCAAGGCUCCGGUGGCGUGGCUGGGCUGCUGCUGCAGUCGAGCGGUGAAAAGCUGAGUGUGUACACUGCCCUGCAGCGGCAGCUGCUGAGCCCCGGCACAGCCCUCAUCCUGCUCGAGGCCCAGGCGGCUUCCGGCUUCCUGCUGGACCCCGUGCAGAACCGGAGGCUGACCGUCAAUGAGGCCGUGAAGGAGGGCUUGGUGGGCCCCGAGCUGCACCACAAGCUGCUGUCGGCCGAGCGCGCCGUCACCGGCUACACCGACCCCUACUCGGGCGAGCGCAUCUCGCUCUUCCAGGCCAUGCAGAAGGACCUCAUCGUGCGCGACCACGGCAUCCGCCUGCUGGAGGCGCAGAUCGCCACGGGUGGCAUCAUCGACCCCGUGCACAGCCACCGCGUGCCCGUGGCCGUGGCCUACGAGCGCGGCUACUUCGACGAGGACAUGAACCGCGUGCUGGCCGACCCCUCCGACGACACCAAGGGCUUCUUCGACCCCAACACGCACGAGAACCUCACCUACGUGCAGCUGCUGGAGCGCUGCGUGCGCGACCCCGACACUGGGCUGCACCUGCUGCCGCUCACGGAUGCUGCUAAGGGCAGCGAGCUGGUGUACACGGACUCAGAGGCCCGAGAUGUCCUGGAGAAGGCCACUGUGUCCGCACUGCCCGGCAGGUUCCAGGGCAGGACGGUGACCAUCUGGGAGCUCCUCAACUCGGAAUGCUUCACCGAGGAGCAGCGGCGCGACCUGCUGCGGCAGUUCCGCACGGGCAAGGUCACGGUGGAGAAGGUCAUCAAGAUCGUGAUCACCGUCGUGGAGGAGGUGGAGCAGAGGGAGCGGCUGUGCUUCGAGGGGCUGCGCGCCCUGGUGCCGGCCACCGAGCUGCUGGAGGCCGCCGUCAUCGACCGCGACACCUACCGCCAGCUGCAGCAGGGCGAGCGCUCCGUGCGGGAGGUGGCUGAGGCGGAUGCCGUGCGGCGGGCCCUGCGGGGCUCAGGCGUCAUCGCCGGUGUGUGGCUGGAGGAGGCCGCACGCAAGGUGAGCUUCUACGAAGCCCUCAAGAGGGACAUGCUGCCGGCGGACACUGCCCUAGCCCUGCUUGAGGCCCAGGCCGGCACCGGGCACAUGCUGGACCCUGCCACCAGUGCACGGCUGACGGUGGACGAGGCUGUGCGUGCCGGCCUGGUGGGGCCCGAGCUGCACGAGAGGCUGCUGUCGGCCGAGAAGGCCGUCACGGGCUACAGGGACCCCUACUCUGGGCAGAGCGUCUCGCUCUUCCAGGCCCUGAAAAAGGGCCUGCUGCCCCGGGAGCAGGGCCUGCGCCUGCUGGACGCCCAGCUCGCCACGGGCGGCGUGGUGGACCCCAGCAGGAGCUACCGCGUGCCGGCUGACAUCGCCUGCGCCCGGGGGUGCCUUGACGAGGAGACCAGCAGGACCCUGGCGGUGCCGACGGACACCGUCAAGGCCUACCUGGACCCCGGCACGGGGAAGCUGGUCACCUACCGCCAGCUGCAGCAGCGGUGCCGGCCCGACCCGCUGACCGGCCUGAGCCUGCUGCCGCUGUCCGAGGAGGCCGCCCGGGCCCGGCAGGAGGAGGUCUACUCGGAGGCCCAGGUCCGCGAAACCUUCGAGAAGGCAGCAGUGGAGGUGCCCACGGGCAGCUUCCAGGGCCGGCCGGCCACCGUCUGGGAGCUCCUGAGCUCUGAGUACUUCACCGAGGAGCAGCGGCAGGAGCUGCUGCGGCAGUUCCGCACGGGCAAGGUCACGGUCGAGAAGGUCAUCAAGAUCGUGAUCACCAUCGUGGAGGAGGUGGAGACGCGGCGGCGCGAGCGGCUGGCCUUCAGCGGCCUGCGCGCCCCGGUGCCGGCCGGCCAGCUGCUGGCCGCCGGGGUCCUCAGCAGGGCCCAGUUCGAGCAGCUGCAGGAAGGCAGGACAUCAGUGAAGGAGCUCUCGGAGGUGGACUCGGUGCGUGCGCUGCUGCAGGGCAGCGGCUGCCUGGCUGGCGUCUACCUGGAGGAUGCCAAGGAGAAGGUGACCAUUUAUGAUGCCAUGUGCCGCGGCCUGCUGCGGCCCAGCACUGCCACACUGCUGCUCGAGGCGCAGGCGGCCACGGGCUUCCUGCUGGAUCCCGUCAGCAACCGGCGGCUGUAUGUGAACGAGGCCGUGAAGGCGGGCGUGGUGGGGCCUGAGCUGCACGAGAAGCUGCUGUCGGCCGAGCGCGCCGUCACGGGCUACACCGACCCCUACUCGGGCUCCACCAUCUCCCUCUUCCAGGCCAUGCGCAAGGGGCUGGUGCUGCGGGAGCAGGGCCUGCGCCUGCUGGAUGCCCAGCUCGCCACGGGCGGCGUCAUCGACCCCGUGCACAGCCACCGUCUGCCCCUGGACAUGGCCUGUGAGUACGGCCACCUGGACAGGGAGACGAGCCGCGUGCUGGCCGACCCCAGCGAUGCCAGCAGGGGCUUCUUGGACCCCAACACGCACGAGAAGCUCACCUACUCAGAGCUGCUGGGGCGCUGUGUGGAGGACCCCGAAACCGGGCUGCGCCUGCUGCCGCUGAAGGGGGCCGAGCGGGCAGAGGAGGCCGAGGCCGUGCAGGUGUACUCCGAGGAGGAGACCCGGAAGGCCUUCGAGGAGACGCAGAUAGAGAUCCCCGGCGGCCAGGGCGGCUCCAGCAUGUCGCUGUGGGAGGUCAUGCAGUCAGACCUGAUCCCGGAGGAGCAGCGGGCCCGGCUGAUGGCCGACUUCCGGGCAGGCCGCGUGACCAAGGAGCGCAUGAUCAUCGUCAUCAUCGAGAUCAUUGAGAAGACGGAGAUCAUCCGCCAGCAGGGCCUGGCCUCCUACGACUACGUGCGCCGCCGCCUCACGGCCCAGGACCUGUACGAGGCCCGCAUCCUCUCCCAGGAGACCUACACCCUGCUGCGCCAGGGCACCCGCAGCCUGCGGGAGGCCCUGGAGGCUGAGGACGCCUGGCGCUACCUCUACGGCACGGGGGCUGUGGCCGGCGUCUACCUGCCCGGCUCCCGGCAGACGCUCACCCUGUACCAGGCCCUCAAGAAGGGGCUGCUGAGCACCGAGGUGGCCCGCCUACUGCUCGAGGCCCAGGCGGCCACGGGCUUCCUGCUGGACCCCGUGAAGGGCGAGCGGCUGACGGUGGACGAGGCCGUGCGCAAGGGCCUGGUGGGGCCCGAGCUGCACGACCGGCUGCUGUCGGCCGAGCGCGCCGUCACCGGCUACCGGGACCCCUACACCGAGCAGACCAUCUCGCUCUUCCAGGCCAUGAAGAAGGAACUCAUCCCUGCCGAGGAGGCCCUGCGGCUGCUGGACGCCCAGCUGGCCACCGGCGGCAUCGUGGACCCCCGCCUGGGCUUCCACCUGCCGCUGGACGUGGCCUAUCAGCGGGGCUACCUCAACAAAGACACGUAUGACCAACUCUCAGAGCCCAGCGAGGUGCGGGGCUACGUGGACCCGUCCACUGAUGAGCGCCUGAGCUACACGCAGCUACUGCGGCGGUGCCGGCGUGACGAGGCCAGCGGCCAGCUGCUGCUGCCGCUCUCGGACGCCCGGAAGCUGACCUUCCGCGGCCUGCGCAAGCAGAUCACCAUGGAGGAGCUGGUGCGCUCGCAGGUGAUGGACGAGGCCACGGCACUACGGCUGCAGGAGGGCCUGACCUCGGUGGAAGAGGUGAGCCGGCACCUGCAGAAGUUCCUGGAGGGCACGAGCUGCAUCGCCGGGGUCCUCGUGGACGCCACCAAGGAGCGCCUGUCGGUGUACCAGGCCAUGAAGAAAGGCAUCCUGCGGCCCGGCACAGCCUUCGAGCUGCUGGAGGCGCAGGCGGCCACGGGCUACGUCAUCGACCCCAUCAAGGGGCUCAAGCUCACGGUGGAGGAGGCUGUCCGCAUGGGCAUCGUGGGGCCCGAGUUCAAGGACAAGCUGCUGUCGGCCGAGCGCGCCGUCACCGGCUACCGCGACCCCUACUCGGGCAAGCUCAUCUCGCUCUUCCAGGCCAUGAAGAAAGGCCUGAUUCUGAAGGACCACGGCAUCCGCCUGCUGGAGGCGCAGAUCGCCACGGGCGGCGUCAUCGACCCUGAGGAGAGCCACCGGCUGCCCGUCGAGGUGGCCUACAAGCGCGGCCUCUUCGACGAGGACAUGAACGAGGUCCUCACGGACCCCUCGGACGACACCAAGGGCUUCUUCGACCCCAACACGGAGGAGAACCUCACCUACCUGCAGCUGAUGGAGCGCUGCGUGGAGGACCCCCAGACAGGCCUGCGGCUGCUGCCGCUCAAGGAGAAGAAGCGGGAACGGAAGACGUCGUCCAAGUCGUCGGUGCGCAAGCGGCGUGUGGUCAUCGUGGACCCCGAGACGGGCAAGGAGAUGUCUGUGUACGAGGCCUACCGCAAGGGCCUCAUCGACCACCAGACCUACCUGGAGCUCUCGGAACAAGAGUGCGAGUGGGAGGAGAUCACCAUCUCCUCCUCGGAUGGCGUGGUCAAGUCCAUGAUCAUCGACCGCCGCUCGGGCCGCCAGUACGACAUCGACGACGCCAUCUCGAAGAACUUCAUCGACCGCUCGGCCCUGGACCAGUACCGCGCCGGCACGCUCUCCAUCACCGAGUUUGCUGACAUGCUGUCGGGCAACGCCGGCGGCUUCCGCUCCCGUUCCUCCUCCGUGGGCUCCUCGUCCUCCUCCUACUCGACCGGCCCCGCCGUCUCCAGGGCCCAGCCGGCCACCUGGUCCGACCCCGGCGAGGAGACGGGCCCCGUGGCCGGCAUCCUGGACACGGAGACGCUGGAGAAGGUGUCCGUCACGGAGGCCAUGCAUCGCAACCUGGUGGACAACAUCACGGGGCAGCGGCUGCUCGAGGCGCAGGCCUGCACGGGCGGCAUCAUCGACCCCGCCACCGGCGAGCGCUUCCCCGUGGCCGAGGCCGUGGCCAAGGGCCUGGUGGACAGAAUCAUGGUCGACCGCAUCAGCCUGGCCCAGAAGGCCUUCAGCGGCUUUGAGGACCCACGUACUAAGACCAAGAUGUCGGCCGCCCAGGCGCUCAAGAAGGGCUGGUUGUACUACGAGGCCGGCCAGCGCUUCCUGGAGGUGCAGUACCUGACCGGCGGCCUCAUCGAGCCCGAUGUGCCAGGCCGCGUGCCCCUGGACGAGGCCCUGCAGCGUGGCACCGUGGAUGCCCGCACCGCCCAGAAGCUGCGCGACGUGGGCGCCUACUCCAGGUACCUCACGUGCCCCAAGACCAAGCUGAAGAUCUCCUACAAGGACGCCCUGGACCGCAGCAUGGUGGAAGACGGCACGGGGCUGCGGCUGCUCGAGGCCUCUGCCCAGUCCAGCAAGGGCUACUACAGCCCAUACAGUGUCAGCGGGUCGGCCUCUGCCGCCGGCUCCCGUGCCGGCUCCCGCACCGGCUCCCGCGCCGGCUCCCGCCGUGGCAGCUUCGACGGCACAGGGUCUGGCUUCUCCAUGUCCUUCUCCUCCGCUUCCUAUUCCUCCUCAAGCUACGGCCGCCGCUACGCCUCGUCCUCCGGGCCCGCGGCCUCCCCGGGGGGCCCCGAGUCCGCUGUGGCCUGAGUGGCCCCCGCCCCGCUCCCGUGCCUGCAGCCCCUCCCCACUCUGCAUGCGGCCUGGCCCCCGCCCGGGUCUCUCUCCAAUGUUUCACGGUGUCUUCCUCUUACGCGGUGCCUCAAGUUUAACCAAAAUCGACCAGACUAACACUUUGAUGCGUGUAUUACGUAUGUGCGUGCAGGGACGGGGCCAGCCCAGCCUCGCUGACCACCUCACCCACUAGGGUCUCCCCACUCCCUUCUCCCUGUCACCACAGCCAGGUGCCUUGGGCAGGGGUGGGGGUGACCAGAGCCAGGUCCCCUGCCCACCCUUCCCGUCUCACCAGGCAGGGAGGGCAGCUGCCAGCCGAGGACGGGGUCCCGGGACUGCCCAGAGAAACCCCUUCCCCAUGGGAAGGUGAGAGUUCAGGCUGCGGAGCCCGCAGGCU